ACACACACACACACACACCUCUUUUACAUCUCCUAAUCGUUUUAUCCUCAGUCCUUUCCUCAUCACAGCCUGUUCUGUCCCCUAGAUCUUUAUUCCCUAGGUUCUUUAGCCUCUGAUGUUGUAAAUCAGGAUGGAAUCCAGUAUAUUUUAGGAAGUUGGAGUGAUUCCAAUCUUAUUGGAUUUACCCCCAUCCCAUCUAUUCCAGCCAGAUAAAAGGAAGCCCAAACUCAAGUUCCUUAGUAUUAGGAUGGCCUGGGAUACUUUGAGAGCCUUGGACCAAGCUAAUCUUUCUCAAAGUCCACUACAGUUUGAGAUAGCUGUGCCCAUUCUCCCUCAUACUACUCUUCAGCUCCCCAUUCACUCCUUUCUCCCCUAUUUUACUUCCCUCUAAUCUCAUGUUCUCCGUUUUUCAAGGGUUUAAUCUCUUGCUGCUCUCCUUGCUCCUGAACAAGGCUGUCACCUGUGGGUUCCCAUGGCCUCGAAGGCAACCUCCUCAUGGUUUGCUGGACAUGAGGAGUGAGUUCAAGAUCAGCCUGAGGCUUGCCAGAAAGCUGCUUUCAGAGAUCCGGGGUAUUGCCCAUCUCUUUGCAGAUACACACCUGGUUGGCGUAUCCUUGGACUUUCUUCCCCUGACAGAACAACUUCCCAAUGUCACCAUGACAUUCAAGACCUGGCUCCAACUUUCAGACCCAGAUCGACUUUGUUUGCUUUCCAGCCUUCUGGGUCACUUCCAGGCUCCUCUAGGAGAACUAGAGGGCCACCAGGGCUGGAAGGGAUCCUUGAGGAAACGGCUUUGGACUGCCCAGCUGGACCUUCGGGACCUGCGGUCACAUCUCCAUUACCAGAUGAAGGCUAUAGGAUACAGUCCUCAGGAGGAUGAGGAAGCGCGAGGUCUGGAGGAAAGGGCCUUAAGGAGAGUUUCUCUUACUGUGCACCAGGUCUCCUGGCCACAGCUUCUGAGUACCUAUCAGCUUCUCCGAUCUCUGGAGCUUGUCCUUGCCAGAGCUGUCCGAGAUUUCCUUCUACUCUCAAAGGGAGUCGCUCAAUCAUAGUCCCUGGCUACUUAAGAAGAACAGCUUUCCACCAAGGGUGAUGCUCUCCUACCUGUGUCACCACCUCCCUCCCUUACAUUUGGUUUCCAACCUGAGGCUGAGCCCCCUGCCAUGAGCCAUCUAGGAGAGAGAGCUCCCAGGUUCCAGCUCAAGUUCCCUUCCCCUGUCAGUGGUAUCAUCUCUGGUCAGGAAACUGUGGUGUGUGCCCCUUUGGUUCUCUCUCACCUUAGCUACUGAGCCCAUUCCCAUCCCAUAAUUUAAGAGCCUUCAAGUUUAUGCAAGAUAUUUAUUUCUUGGAUAUUUAUUUAUUUUUCAGGAAAGUGCUAAUUGUAUUUAUUCUUUUUUGAAAGAAAAAAAUGGGGAUAGUCUUCCUUUUGCUCCCUUGAGGAACCCAGAGAGUGAGAUCAAAUAGUCAUUCUUGGGCAACCUAAUAAUAAAUACUUUCAACCCCUC